AUGGUCCUCACAAACACUGUAUGGGACUGGAAUUAUCAUUUUGUUGCCCCAGUACCCUACCACCCCAGUACCCUACCUCCCCAGUACCCUACCACCCCAGUCCCCUACCACCCCAGUCACCUAUCACCACAUUAUCCUACCCCCCAGUACCCUACCGCCCCAGUCACCUACCACCACAUUAUCCUACCCCCCAGUACCCUACCACCCCAGUCCCCUACCACCCCAGCUACCACCACCACAUUAUCCUACCCCCCAGUACCCUACCACCCCAGUCCUCUACCACCCCAGUCACCUACCACCACAUUAUCCUACCCCCCAGUACCCUACCGCCCCAGUCACCUACCACCACAUUAUCCUACCCCCCAGUACCCUACCACCCCAAUCCCCUACCACCCCAGUCACCUAUCACCACAUUAUCCUACCCCCCAGUACCCUACCGCCCCAGUACCCUACCGCCCCAGUACCCUACCGCCCAAGUACCCUACUGCCCCAGUACCCUACCACCCCAGUACCCUACCACCCCAACACCCUACCACCCCAGUCCCCUACCACCCCAGUACCCUACCACCCCAGUACCCCACCACGCCAUUAUCCUACCACCCCAGUCCCCUACUACCCCAGUAUCCUACCACCCCAGUAUCCUACCACCCCAGGACUCUACAACCUCAGUACCCUACCACCUCAGUACACUACCACCUCAGUACCCUACCACCCCAGUACCCUACCACCCCAGUACCCUACCACCUCAGUACCCUACCACCUCAGUACCCUACCACCCCAGUAUUCUACCACCCCAGUAUCCUACCACCGAAGUACUCUACCACCCCAGUACCCUACCACCUCAGUACCCUACCACCCCAGUAUCCUACCACCCCAGUACUCUACCACCUCAGUAUACCAUCCCCACAGUAUUCUACCACCCCAGUACCCUACCACCCCAGUACCCUACCACCCAAGGACUCUACCACCCCAACACCCUACCACCCCAGUACCCUACUACCUCAGUAUCCUAUCCCCACAGUAUUCUACCACCCCAACACCCUACCACCCCAGUCCCCUACCACCCCAGUAUCCUACCACCCCAGUAUCCUACCACCCCAGUACUCUACCACCUCAGUAUCCUAUCCCCACAGUAUUCUACGACCCCAACACCCUACCACCCCAGUACCCUACUACCCGCCUUCUGCUUUAGAAUACACAGUCCUCCCACCUGACCCAGUGUAUUGA